AGUCCCAAGUGUACACUGAUCUCAGUGAAUGACAGCCAGGAGGGAGUGGCCAACCAGGGAACAUCGCAGACUGGUGUUGGAUCUUAGCACUGGGAAGGACAAAGUCGGUCUAGGAUAGGUGGGGAAGGGCACUGGCUGGACACAGGUCCAGGCUAGCAUCUGUAAUUUGGACCUCAGUAGCCCUCCCUGGCCCUCUUCCGCUUCAUUGAGUCCAUCUGCCAAACGCCUUCCUCUUUCGUGACUUGGGGGCGCAAAGCACUGAGCCUCACAGUCAGAGAGAACUCAAUGCCUAAGAGAGGAGAGUGGCCAGUGGAUUAGCUGGAAGACCUUGAGGCAGAGGUGCCCAAGGCUAUGGCUGACGCCAUCACCUAUGCAGACCUGCGCUUUGUGAAGGUGCCCUUGAAGAACAGCAUCUCUAACCACUUAGGACAGGACUGUGAGGCCUAUGAGGAUGGAGAGCUCACCUAUGAGAAUGUGCAAGUGUCUCCGGUCCCAGGAGGGCCAUCAGGCUUGGCUUCCCCCGCUCUAGCGGACAAAGCAGGCGUUAGGCCAGAGCAGCCAGCUGCGUCAUGGAGCUCCGUGAAGUCGCCGGCUGUAGGGCGGAUCCCCCGUUGUCCCACAGUCGGCUUGCAAUACUACUUGCUGGGCCUUCUCCUGGCCUGUCUGAUGUUAGGGGUGGCUGCCAUCUGCCUUGGAGUUCGCUAUCUGCAGGUGUCUCAGCAAUUCCAGCAGGUAACCAGGGUUUUGGAAGCCACCAAUAGCAGCUUGCGGCAGCAGCUCAGGCAGACGACAGCUCAUCUGGGCCAGAAGGAAGACGAUCUGAAGGAGUCUCAGAAAAAGCUGACCCAGAGUCAGACCACUUUACAGGAGAAGCAGAAAAUCCAUGAAGCCACUGAGCAGCAACUACAAGCCUGCCGGUCCGAGGGACAGAGGACCAAGGAGAACUUGGAGAGGGAGGAGCAGCAGAGGAGGGACCUGAACCAGAGGCUGGUCAGUGUUCAGGACUCACUGAGGCGCUUCCUCUCCUGUUCUUCAGACACCUGCUGCCCGCCGGGAUGGACACAGGAACAGAGAAGAUGCUUCUACAUCUCAAACACUCCCAGAAGUUUGGAGGACAGCCGAAAAUACUGCACAUCUCUGUCCUCCCAACUAGCUGCAUUCAGGGAAUCUGAUAAGUAUUAUCAAAGCUAUCUGAAUCCCCCUCAGGUUUCUCUGCCCAGCGGCCUAAAGGAGUUGUUAAAUGAUGGGAUGUCAUAUUGGAUCCAGAAGACAAGCCAUACUGAAGAACACCAUUGGCGAGAUAAGACUUGGGGCCCAUACUGUAGCAAUCUAAAAAACGUUUAUGGGUCAUGGAGAAGUCGUCUAUCAGAGUGUAUAGAGCCUUACCCCUGCAUUUGUGAGCUGGAAGCUUUCAGGUUUCCUGAUGGGGAUCACCCGCACUGAAAUGACCCACGAACAAGAGCUUGUGACCUACAUCCUUAACCUGUGGCCUGCCAAUUCUGAAGACUGCGAUUCCUCCAGCAUUCCUUCAGCUAAAAGAUCCUGGCCUGGCAACCUGCUGCCUGCUUGAAAGCCACCCUAGAAACUGGACUAUUCCUGGGAAGAGAGUGAGGACUUUGGCCUUCCUUAAGAACUUCCCAAACUGGAGAGGGUUAGGGGAGGAGGGCGCACCGCUGAGUGGAUGGAUGGCCCGGAGCCAGCCAGGCACUUUUAUUGAAGUAUUUUUAAAUAA